AUGGCGACCGUUGAGUGUGGAAAGUGUCCAUUGAUCCACUCUCACUGUUUUGAGUGCACCAUCCGGACACAUGUCUCUGUCUAUGUGCUUGUUUCCCCAGGAGUGUAUCUUGUCAGUUGUCCAGCUCUGAUCGAGGCAGUAGAAGGGGACGCUGUGACUCUGCGGGGUUCUCUGCGUCCUCCGGUCAACUUGUCUCCUUACACAGUGGAUCUGAAGAGACCAGACCUCCGUGACGACCUCGUCCACGUGUACCGACACGGACGGGACGAUGUCCUCUCACAGAGUCAUCGCUACAGACACAGAACUACCCUGGUCCACGUAGACCUGGUCCGAGGAGACGUGACUCUGCAGAUCUCCCCGGUAAACCUGUCUGACGCUGGCCGGUACAAAGUCUAUGUCCCAAAACUGAAAGCCCGAUGUGGUUUUAACCUCACUGUUGGUGACGACAGCGGCUGUAACACCGGCGCCGGCCCGCUGGGUUCUCCGCCCAAACAGAGCAGACCGACCGCGGCGUCGCCCAGGAAGCUCGGCUUCGACGAGAACUCGCCGGUCUCAGCUCGCCGCCGGCUGGUCCCGUCCUCGCCACCCAAGCAACCGCUAUCUCCCCCCGCCGCGCCGUCGCCACGGCGACACGCUACUCCUGCCGGAAGCCCCGCCCGCCAAAACCCGGAGAGGAAGUCGCCCGCCAACAAGUCGCGGUUCCUGAGCGUGAAGCAGGCGCUGCACACGGCCGUCCCCGACCGCCUGUUGUCCCGGGAGACGGAGCGGGCGUCCAUCCGGUCCUUCCUGGAGGAGACGGCGCUGCGGCGUCUCCCCGGCAGCCUGUACGUCUCCGGGGCGCCCGGCACCGGCAAGACCGCCUGCCUCAACUGGGUGCUGCAGGAGAUGACGGCGGAGCUGUCCCCGGUGCACACGGUGGUGGUGAACUGCAUGAGUCUGCGGAGCUCCCACGCCGUCUUCCCGCUGCUGGCGGACCGGCUGAAGGCGCCCGGCGGGCCCGGCGGGCUGCAGAGGUUCCUGACGGCCCCGGGACCCGCUGUGCUGCUGGUUCUGGAUGAGAUGGACCAGCUGGACAGCAAAGCUCAGGACGUCCUGUACACCGUCUUCGAGUGGCCGCACCUGCCCAAGUCCCGCCUCUGCCUCGUCGGGAUCGCCAACGCUCUGGACCUGACGGACCGCAUCCUGCCGCGGCUGCAGGCUCGCCCCCGCUGCCGCCCGCGGCUCCUCCACUUCCCCCCCUACAGCCGGCAGGAGCUCAGCGCCAUCGUGCAGGACCGGCUGUCCCAGGCGUCGGCUGAAGGCCUGCUGGAUGCCUCGGCGGUUCAGUUCUGCGCCAGGAAGGUGUCGGCGGUGUCGGGGGACGCCAGGAAGGCCCUGGACAUCUGCAGGAGAGCCGUUGAGGUCGUGGAGUCGGACGAGAGGAAGAAGGCGUCGGACCCGAACGCCGACCCUAAAGCGUCCCGGGUCAGCCUCCCCCAGGUGGCGCGGGUCCUGUCGGAGGUCUACGGCGACCGGAUGGCGUCCCAGGGCGGAGGAUCUGAUGGAGAGAGCUUCCCCCUGCAGCAGAAGCUGCUGGUCUGCUGCCUGCUGCUGCUCACACGCAGCGGGAAGAGCAAAGAGGUCGUCCUCGGGAAGCUCCACGAGGUCUACAGCCGCCUGUGCGCCCAGCGGCAGGUGUCUGCCGUCGGCCAGGGGGAGUGUCUCUCUCUCUGCGGUCUGCUGGAGAGCCGAGGCAUCUUCUCUCUGAAGAAGGCCAAAGAGGCCCGCCUCACUAAGACCGUAUAUGGUCCCUCCUCUUUCCCCCGUGUGGCGCGCUUACCCUCGCGGUGCGAAGCGCGUGUCCGCGUCACCCUUCCGCAUGCACUCUAA